GACAAUGGUGACCUGAUGGGAUUGCCUGUAUUUCACAGAUUUCCCCUUUUGACUUCGGGUGAUAGAGGGGGGAGAGAUCCUGGUUCUAGGCCAGUGGGUAGUCUAUCCACUUUGCUGCAGUGAUGAAUAUUGUUGAUUCUAAACCUCCCACUGGGAACCAAGCAAGUAUAGUAAAUGCAGGUUCAAGCAUCCAAACACCCUUGCUCUAGGGAUUGUCUUUUGUCUUUAAUAUGGAAAAUCUUGCAAAUUACAGAUGGAGAGAGGGAUUGUCUGAACAAGAGAUUCCCAGCCAAGGGUCCACUGAGCCCUCAGUUAAUGGUUCGAAGAAGGAGUCUGAGAGGGAGUGCCGAAAAAGAGAUUUUUGAAAUUUUCGUUAUUUUUUUUCUCCAACGGCUUUCUGAGAGGCGGGACUGCGCAGGCGUGUGACGUCGGGCAGUGCAGCGCGGCAGAUUUAAAAGGGCAGACAUCCUGCUUCGGAUUUGAUUCGAAGAAGGAGUCUGAGAGUCUGAGUGGGAGUGCCGAAAAAGAGAUUUUUGAAAUUUUCGUUAUUUUUUUUCUCCAACGGCUUUCUGAGAGGCGGGACUGCGCAGGCGUGUGACGUCGGGCAGUGCAGCGCGGCAGAUUUAAAAGGGCAGACAUCCUGCUUCGGAUUUGAUUCGAAGAAGGAGUCUGAGAGUCUGAGCGGGAGUGCCGAAAAAGAGAUUUUUGAAAUUUUCGUUAUUUUUUUUCUCCAACGGCUUUCUGAGAGGCGGGACUGCGCAGGCGUGUGACGUCGGGCAGUGCAGCGCGGCAGAUUUAAAAGGGCAGACAUCCUGCUUCGGAUUUGAUUCGAAGAAGGAGUCUGAGAGUCUGAGUGGGAGUGCCGAAAAAGAGAUUUUUGAAAUUUUCGUUAUUUUUUUUCUCCAACGGCUUUCUGAGAGGCGGGACUGCGCAGGCGUGUGACGUCGGGCAGUGCAGCGCGGCAGAUUUAAAAGGCACAGAACCUCAGAGAGCGGGCAGCGUAGUUUGCGGGCGGCGGAGUGAGCCGGGAGCAGAGUGAAGACUUAAGGGCUUCGGCUCACCGGGCUUAGGCGGAAGCGGGCGAGGCGAGGAAGGUUUGACAUUCAUUUUCUGUUGCUAUUUGAGGAGAGGGGCAUUAUGACUGUGAGGGCAGUUUGCUGUUCUCGGUGUCGGAUGUGGGAGGCCCUGGAGUCUCCAAGCCUCCCGGACGUCUACAUCUGCGCCAAGUGCAUCGAGUUGCAGCUCCUAAGGGACCGCGUUACGGAACUGGAGCUGCAGCUCGAUGACCUUCGUCUGGUUAGGGAGAGCGAGGAGGUGAUAGAGAGGAGUGGAAGGCAGGUGGUCACGCCGGGGCCACGGGAGGCAGACAAGUGGGUCACGGUUAGGAGGGGGAAGGGGAAAAGGAAGGUGAUGGGGAGUACCCCGGCGGCUGUGCCCCUUAACAACAGGUACUCCUGUUUGAGUACUGUUGGGGGGGACAGCUUACCCGGGGGAAGCGACAGUGGCCCUGCCUCCGGCACAGAGUCUGGCCCUGUAGCUCAGAAGGGUAGGGCAAGGAAGAGGAGGGCAGUUGUGAUAGGGGACUCGAUAGUAAGGGGGUCAAAUAGGCGAUUCUGUGGACGCAGUCCAGAGACUCGGAUGGUAGUUUGCCUCCCUGGUGCCAGGGUCUGGGAUAUUUCUGAUCGUGUCCAAGAUAUCCUGAAGUGGGAGGGUGAAGAGCCAGAGGUCCUGGUACAUAUAGGUACCAAUGACAUAGGCAGGAAAAGGGAUGAGGUCCUGAAAGAAGAAUAUAGGGAGCUAGGAAGGGAGUUGAGAAAAAGGACCGCAAAGGUAGUAAUCUCGGGAUUACUGCCUGUGCCACGCGACAGUGAGAGUAGGAAUGCGAUGAGGUGGAGGAUAAAUGCGUGGCUGAGGGAUUGGAGCAGGGGGCAGGGAUUCAAGUUUUUGGAUCAUUGGGACCUCUUUUGGCGCAGGUGUGACCUGUACAAAAAGGACGGGUUACACUUAAAUCCUAGGGGGACCAAUAUCCUGGCAGGGAGAUUAGCGGGGGCUACUGAGGUGACUUUAAACUAGAAUGGUUGGGGGGUGGGAAUCAAAU